CUCACAUUCACACCCCACCCAGAAGGAGGAACCAGCACCUGUCUAAAUUAGGGUUAAAUUGAAUGAAGGCGUUUGGUGAAUUUUUCUGUGUGUAUCAAUCCCGCGACAUUGAUUGAACGCUUGAGUUUCUUUAGUAAUCACAAACUAUGGGCGCUCCUCUUGUGUUGUGGAUAGUUGGAUUUUUUGGCCUCAGUGUUGUCUGUGCAGUGAGCAGCGACCGAAGUUUAGAGGACAAGGGCCGCGUGGAGUUACUCAGAGCGCGUGACCUGGCGGCGCAGCCCCGCUAUGGAGCGUGUUGGACUCGCGCACUGGAGAAGAUAGAGUCAAACUGCAAAGAGUUCAGUGAUGAUAUGCAGAGCAAAAUUGCGCUGUCAUUCACGCACUGCCACCUGCAAAGGUCAGGUCGGGUUUUUCCAGAUUGUCCUGAAGACAGUGAUGUCAAAACUUGCACGCAAGACAUGGACCCUGUGGCUUUUAACACCUACACCGAGUUUUUCACUCAUGCACACAGUAUAUGUCACUAUCUGCAGAGUGAACGCUGGCAACAAAGAGCGGAAAAUACCAUUCACAGGCUGACUGAGAGUUCGGCUGGUGUGGCAGAGCAGUUGACAUCCACUCAGCGGAUGGCAGAAGAUCUGGUUUUAGCCCAAAGCGCUGCCCUCAAGUCCCAAGAGACCAUCCUACGCAAUGGAGAAGAACUGAAAAGCACGCUGCAAGACUCAACUCAAGGCCUGAGAGAUGUUUUUGCUGAGAUGAGGCAUUCUGCACAGGAGCAGCAGGUGGCGUUUGCUGAGAUCUUUAACCGUGUAGCUUUUCUCCAGAGCUUCAUCAUGUCCGAGACACACACAUUCAGUUCCCUUUUCUACAACGCUCUGGGCAUCGUCGCGUCUUUUUUUCUGACCUCUAUGCAGCGUACGGCUGGUGCCAGAUUUUUUCUUUUUGGACUCGUGGCUUUGAAUGUAUAUCUAGAAAGGAUGAUCUGUAGGAUGAUUUUGGACAAUGAGGAGGAAGGUUAUCAACAGAUGGAGAGAAUUACCUUUUUAGUCUCUAUUUUAAGAAGAACCAUGGUUUUAACCGGUUGUCUCAUCCUGUUGUAUUUUGCUCUGCGUUAUCGAAACCUCACCAAGGAAAGUCUUGAGAUUCUGCAAGAGCUUAAAGAGACGCGCUCAGACCUUCAGCAGGCUCUCCUGAAAGCAGAAUGUCUCUCGGCAUCUGUGGAUGAUUGGAAGCGUUCCAGACGAAAACAGUGGGAAAGCAAGAGCGAAGAUAAAGAUGGCAGUUUAGUUAUUUUACAUCCCUCUAGCGUUGUGAAUUCUGCCCUUUCGACAUUCUCUGGCCCUCAUGACACCCAGCAUUGUGAGAGCUUUGCUCCAUCACUGGGGACAAAGAGGACUCCAGAGAUUCAGAAACGCAGACGACGCACCUCAGGCUCUCGUGUGCGCCCAUCCGCUGCUGUGGUGUACAGUGUGCUGGUAGAUGAUGAUCAGCCGAGGUACAGCCUGAGAAGUCGGAGAUCCUUGUGUGGUCCAGAGGGACGAAGCAUUAAAGCCACGCAAACAGUACAAGGAGUUUGGAAACAAAGCGUCUGUGGAUUUGUUUAAAGCAGCUGAGUGUGCAUAUUUUUGGAUACGUUGUACCGAAAAGAAACGGGGAAAAACGUCCGAGGCGGAAUAUCAACGGCAAUGUGCGGUGAUCUUCAUCAAGGCGCGUUUUUGCGUUUUUUACGCGCGUUUUGGAUCGGAAAACCAGAAGUUUGAGGAAGAUGGAUUGGGAAAGUUUGUUUUAAAAGCGAUGGAUUUACAGGAAUGUCACUGAGAGAACGAGAACGUGGGCUGUCCGACCGAAUGUUGACGGCGCUUUCUUUGAUAACGCAAUGUAACGUGCGCGUAUAUGUAUUUAUAUGUUGCCUAUAAACGCACACCAGUAAACGCAUGUGUUAGUCAUCGGCUCCGCGAGCUCGGAUAGGGAUAACCAUACGUGGAUAUCUUGGUUUUCAUAAAGGUCACUGGAGUUUUUGUAUACAGUUGGCUUGGGCACCCAUGCGCUCGUGGUUAAACUGAUCGUUGAUGGCUUUGCAUAUUCCUCAAAGCGUUUUGGAUUGGAUUUACACGGCACGGGCCGAUCGGAGGACAUUGAUUUACCGUUUACAGCAUCGAGAGGAGGACACAGUCGGGACGCAAGAGUGUCUCGUGCCGUUGGACCCGAACUGUUGUUGAUGUUUCACAUCUGUACCUAGGAUAUAAAGCCUCAU